AUGUGCGUGUUGACCGAUGGGGCGUCCUAUGACUUUGGUCGUGGGGACCUGGGGCUCAAAGGCAUGCAGAUGUUCUUCAAAUCCCACAAGUGCAACUACCUGUGCAAAAAGUUGGGCCUGCGGGACAUUGGCGAGUUCAAGGAGCCCACGCUGCGUUGCUACCUGCCAGGCAGCACCAACAUCUUGGGCGGUCUGCAUGGCAAGGAGGGCCAUGUGGUGAAGGAGAUCCGUCAGAAAUCUGGCGUCUCACGGGUCCUUCUGCCCCGGGAGGCCUACUCCGAAUGGAUGACGGUGAACAUCUAUGCCACUUCCGUAUCCCAGGCCAACCGCGCCAUCGCGUUGAUCAAGGACAAGGUCGAUGAGCUUACACGCAGGCCCUUAAGGCGCCCAAGUUUCCCAGUUGGCCGCUCCCGUCCUUUCCCCAUGGCCCGCGUCUCCCGCGGCUUCGGCCUCCUGGCCCUCGGGUUCGGCUGCGCCUUCGUGGGCGUCGCGCCCGGCGCGGGCGCGCCCGGAGCCGCGCCACGGGAGCGGAGCCUGCGGAGCCUGGUGCAGCGCCAGGCGGAUGCGUCGAUGUUGCAGCCGUAUGGGCCGGUGGUGGCUUAUGCCAAGGCGCUAAUGAACGCAGCGGCGGACAAGAAGGAGAUCGUCAUGGUGACAGACGACGUGCUGGCCAUCAAGGAGAAGUUCAAGAACAGGGAAUGGCUGGAGCAGCUGCUGCUGGUUCAGAGCAACCCAGCCUUCACCUCCGUCGAGAAGGCCCGGGAGACCGUGAAGCUGCUGAAGCCGCUGAAGAGCUCGGUGAUGCCCAAGUUCAUCGUCUUCCUGGCCAAGAAGCACCGGCUCAACGGCUUGAAGUGCAUCGUGCUGGAGUACAUGCAGAGCAUGUACUUUAACCAGUCCAUCACCCCGGUGACGGUCCGCUCUGCUCAGCGCCUCACGGAGCAGCAAAAGGAUCAGAUCAAGGAGAAGAUGAAGCAAAAGGCGGGCACCCGGGACAUCAAGCUGAUUACGGAGAUCGAGCCUACGCUCAUCGGAGGCCUUCAGCUGGAGUGGGGCUACACAGACCCUGAGGGUCGCUACGCGCCUACCCACGGCAUUGACCUCUCCCUUAAGAACAUCUUGAGCAAGAAGGCCUUGGAGAAAGGUAGGCUUUGCCUGAUCAAUGCCGACACGCCGAAAGAUGUGCGAAGCUGCUAUGAGGGCGGUGGAGGGAAUGCGGCGUACUGGCGUUCCAAGCGCGUGGAGUGGAUCGAUAAGAGCGGCGGUGCCCAAAUCGCCCUCUACCGUGGAGGUUGGAUGAGCGAGCCCCAGCCAGAGGAGGGUAUGGUCAACAGGAUCUACAUCUUCCCGAAGAUGGUUGAAGCCGGGAAGGGUCAGAUGGGAGCUUCGAAUCGUGAACGAGAUUUGGCCGAGUCGCUGAUUCGCAUGGACGUGCUUGGGGAGUCUGCUGCGCAGCAGGAAAAGAAGAGCCUGGACGGAGAAGAAUUAGCCAAGAGCAUCCAGGAGUUCGUGCGGAAGAGCGGUGGGCAGUGCCGACUGUCUGCUGUGCUGACUCAAUUCUCCAAAGAGUUCCCGGACAAGAGUCAGAUUGGGGUGAACCGCUUCAAGACCUUCGUGCUCAAUUUCCGGCACCUGUUGAGCUUCCAAGACGACAAGGUGACGCUGCCUGCGGCGGCUCCGGCGAUUCCUGAGCCGCAGCUGCGGCAGGAGAACCGCUUAGACGACGUGACCUCAGUGCGAGCCCUCGACUGGCUGGGCGGAACCAGGUGGAAGGAGGGUGACUACCACGCCGAGUACCUGGUUCAAUUCCAAUCCCCCAACCGCGCAGGUGCCUUCACGGUCACAAAGAGGACGCAGACUCGAGCUGCCUACGGUGUUGCCCUGCACUGGGACGACAAGAUGAAGCGCGUUUGGUAUGGAGAAAAGUGGAAGUGGUACUUGUCCAACUUGACCGAAGACUCGAUGUACUGGGCAGACCGGCAGGGGAACACGGCCUAUGUUUGGCACCGCAUCAAGGAGUCCGCGAAGGCCAAGGCGCGCUCUGAAAAGGCGGCUUCCGCCGGGCGGGGCUGGGCCAGGAGAAAGGUAGAUCUCGGGACAGCACGUGCAUAA